AUGAGGAAAGAUAUACAAUGCUUGCGAGGAAUUGCAAUCUUAUUCGUUUUAUUAUUCCAUCUUGCUCCAAACGUUUUUGUGAAUGGUUUUUUGGGUGUUGAUGUAUUUUUUGUCAUAUCUGGAUUUCUUAUGGCGAAAAACUUGACCAAAGCAGGAAUGGUCAAAAUUCAUGAUUAUUUGUUGUUUUAUUAUAUGAGGUUUCGACGAAUUCUCCCACUAUAUUUUCUUGCCGUUUUCCUAAUUACCGUAAUGGUCCACAUCUUUCUGGGAGAUUUCCUGUGGAAAAAUAACAAUAGAUACUCGUUGGCUUCUCUGUUCAUGGUUACAAAUCAACUUGUUAUACACGAUCAAGCUGAUUAUUUCAAUGAGUUUUUGGCAGCCACUUCCUCACUCAAUGGAUUCCUCCAUCUGUGGUCCAUAUCAGUCGAGAUGCAGUUUUACCUUUUUGUGCCAAUUAUAUUUUUUGGUAUUCAAUUUUUGAAGAACGACUAUUUGAAAUUAGCUACCGUAAUGAUUAUUACAAUAUUUGGAUUUGCUGGGUUUGCAAUGAUUCUUGAUAAAUUUGCAUUCAAUUUUAUGUUCCUCCGACUUUGGCAAUUUUCAAUCGGAUUUUGUGCAUUGUUUUGGAGCAAAAUCCAGCAAAAUAAAUUACCGAAUAAAGCAGAUGAUGUCCCAUCAUGGCUCCCGUUAACAAAAGAAGACGUAGUGACUAUAUCCCUUUGUGUUCUGAGUCUUUGUCUGCUUCCAAGAGAGGUAGACGUUUUGAUUUUAAGACCAUUGGUAACCCUGUUCACAGCCGUCAUUAUUGCUUGUGAUGCACCAAACGUUCAGGUAAUAUUUUUUCUAUUAGAUAAUCCAUUAGGAAAUUUUACCUUCCAGCUGUGGAAAUCUGAUGCGCUAGUUUACAUUGGAGAUAUCUCGUAUAUUCUAUAUUUGGUUCAUUGGCCAGUUAUCUCCAUUUUUCUUGCAACCACCAUCAGGAGCUACAUUUUCUGCAUCUUAACCAUAUUCAUUGCUUCUAUUCUGCUGCAUCAUCUUUUCGAAAAGCAGUAUUUGAAGUUGCGAAUGGGCGCAGUGUUCUCAUUGAUAUUUUUUUUGAUUGGUGCAAAUGCGUAUUUACAAUAUAGUGUUCGAAAUGACAGUUUUUGGAAUAUGAAUUUGCCAGAUGAAACGAGAGAAAUUAUUGACAAAAAUCGGAUACUUUAUGUGUCGCUUUGGGAUGUUGAAGCUCGAAAAGAUAAAUGCAUAGAGACAGACACAGACACCCCAUUCCCAAAAAGCAACCUUAAAGGUUACUGUAGAUAUCCACCUGGAAAUGGAAGUAUCUCCAUAAUGAUGCUAGGAAAUAGUUAUGUGAUGAAUCUUGGAGAGCAUAUCCGAGCUCAUUUCAAUUACAACUACUCGGAUUACAGAUACUUGUCGGUUUUAGCAAAUUACGGACUCUAUUCAGACCACACAUUGGAAUCGGCACAAGCAUUGCAAUUUUCAAAAAAUCAAGUAGAAUUAUAUAAACCUGAUGUUCUUUUUGUGGUUUCCAGGUAUAUGGAAAACAUUAAAAAUCCUAUUCAAAACAACGAUCCUAUAGUCCGGGAGAUAAAUGAGACUAUAGCAUACUAUGAAAAAUUCGUUAAAAAGCUCUACAUUCUCGACGCUCAUCCGAUGUAUCAUGAAAACUUUCUGAACCUUUUCCUUCAUUUUGUGAUUACGAGACCCGAUGAUUUGGACGUUCUCCAUCUGGACAAAAAACUAGCAGAUGAUGAAAUGAGGCCGGUUAAGAAACGGUUUGCAGAAAUAAAAUGCAAGAAGUGUCAUUUCUUCGAUUUGAGUCACGUGUUUGUUGAUGGAGAUAAAUACCUAACAUUCGACAGGGAAACUCUAAUGGCUUAUGUUGAUAAUUCCGUUCAUUUAACAGGUCCAGGAGUACAACUUUGUGAACCGGUUUUUGAACAAGUUGCAAAAGAAAUAAUGAAUAGUUUUUAA